AUGGUGAUCAAUGGUAGGCGACGGUGGUCGUCCCACACCACCCACACGAAGAACAUCUCUUUCUACGAACAAGACAUCUAUACCACCGUGACCAAAGAUCCUAACUCUGUCACCUCCUGGAUCUCUGCAACCACCGAGAACAACAACGGUCACCACCAUCCUCUAGUAAUCGGCCUGGAUGUCGAGUGGCGCCCUUCCUACCGGCGUGGAGUUGAAAACCGUGUUGCCAUCUUACAGUUAUGUGUCGAUCACCGUUGUCUCGUCUUUCAAAUCAUCCACUCACCAUACAUCCCUGAGUCGUUUAUCGACUUCCUCAAUAACCCUAGCUACACCUUCACUGGUGUUCGCAUCCAUGAUAGCAUCGAAAAAAUGGUGCGACAAUAUGGCCUGGGACGGGCAGAGGAUGGGCUGAGAUUGGCUUCGAAUGUGGUGGACUUGGGGUGGAUGGCAGCGCAGGUUUAUGGUAAAAACAUGCAUGUAUUAGGGUUGAAGUCGUUGGCGAAGGUGGUGCUGGAAAAGGAACCGGAGAUGCCGGCGUUUGUGACGGUGAGCACGUGGUACGACCAGUGGCUGUUCCCAGAACAGAUGGAGUAUGCGAGUGUUGAUGGCUUUUUGUCUUUUGAGAUUGGGAGGGUUUUGAUUUCCAUGGGAGCGAGUUUAUAUUAA